CAGAAGAGAAGGAACCAUAAAGACCACCCGGCGGGCACAUCCUUGUAAGAGCAAAUAUCUUCCAACCUGCGGCUGAUAAAGAUGAGAGGGAGCUACGGAAUCUCAGUUCUGGUUCUCCUAAGCCUGGGAUAUACCUUUGCCCUGCAGGACAGCAGAGAGCAAACCGACCCUUGGGAGAGAAUUAGCCUUCUAAGGAUGCCGCCUGAUGGGGAGGAGAACAGCGCAGGGUCCCUGUGGUACUAUUUAGCACCCAGGCAGAGGAAGUCUACAGACCCAGCGUCUCUGUUCACCGUGGCCAAAGAACUGCAGGGAUUUGGGAAGGAGAGGGCUGGCUUCAGAUUCCGGUUUGGGAGGCAAGAGGAAGGGAAUGAGUUUGAAGACUUUGAGCAGCAGGAAGAGGAGAAGCGAGGAGGCACUGCAUUGGGGUCACUGGCUGAGGAGCUUAAUGGAUACAACAGGAAAAAAGGAGGGUUCAGUUUCCGAUUCGGAAGACGAUAAAGAGAUGGAAAGCCAGAAUCAAAAAAAAUAUAUAUAUAUUUAUCAUGCACUGUAUUAGCACCCAAAGCAAAAAAAAACUGCCUGGGGAAACAUCUACCAUUAAAUCACCCACCGUUAUGACUCCUGCUUCAGGAGCUACAAAAUUGACUCUGAAUCAUAGUGAUCCCCAUAGCAGGCCCCACAUUGGUCAUGUCAUGUUCCAGAACCAUCUGUGUUGUCUGCAGUCAUUGAUGUA